UUUAAACAAAAUGGCUGCGCCCGUGUGGCAGGCAAAUGUAGAUGAAUAUGUAUGGGGAAACCAAGAAAGUAGCCUUCUGGUUGUAACAAAUGUGAUAAAUAAUAAUGAAGUUAAGUUGCUGGAGCUCAUAGAAUAUCUUGGAAGACACUUGUUGAGUACAAAUCAUGAUAUCCGAGCAAGGGGCACCCGAUUUCUUUCUGAAAUCUUGCACAAUAUUCCAAAAGACAAACUUACAACUCCAGAAGUUGGUCAUCUGGUGUCAUUCUAUUGUGAUAGAUUAAAGGACCAUCAUUCCGUGACCCCUCAUGCAUUGAUGGGGUUACUGGCUCUGAGCGACUGUCAGAAUCUCGCUGUUGGUGAUGCAGUGUUGAUGGUACAGGCCAUCAUAAAAGAAGUACAUGUCCAGACACUAAUGCAAGUUGACCGUCGAUCUGUUUACAAUAUUGUGGAAAGGUUUCUAGAUACCAGGCUGACCGAAUUGCAGAAAUUAGGGAAUGAUUUUGUGUAUGGCUAUAUGCAAGCAAUGGAUGGUGAGAAAGAUCCGAGGAACUUAAUAAUUGUGUUUAGAUGUAUUCCGAUCAUUAUUCACAAUUUUCCAUUUGAGAGGUUUUCUGAGGAACUGUUUGAAGUUACCUCCUGUUACUUUCCAAUUGAUUUUAGCCCACCCUCUAACGAUCCUUACGGUGUGACAACACAAGAUUUGGUCCUAGGAUUACGAAAGUGUUUAUCAGCUACUUCAAAGUUUGCUGAGUUUUGUUUACCAAUGCUAAUGGAAAAGGUUUCAUCAGAUAUACCAGGUGCGAAAUUAGACUCCUUUCAGACACUAACAGCCUGUGCAGUGUCAUAUGAUGCUAGCUCAUUUUCUGGAUACGUAGAAGCCAUAUGGUCAGCCUGCCGUAGAGAGGUAUUUCAGGCUGUAAACAAAGAUGUAGAGGCUGCUGCUUUAGAAGCACUCCGCCAUGUAAUCAAGAAGUACUCAUCUGCAGUAUGUGAUCAAUCGUCGUCUCGCACACUAGAAAAUUCAUUGGAUAUCAUACUUAAAGAAUGCAAGCAAUAUAUACAAGAGCCUGGACUUAGGUUGAUGAUGCCAUGCUGCGCUCUUCUGCAAGCAGUUGCCAGUGCUUCUGAUCCUGCAUGUUGUAAGGUUUUGCACUCGGUUAUACCUCAGCUGCUGGAACAAUACCAGCUUAACACCCAGACAACCAGUCGGCGAAAAGUCCUUGAUGCGAUUCUCAGCCUCCUCACCGUUACCAAGGAUAUGUUCUCAUCAGCAGAUGUCAGUCAUCCAGCCCUGUCGUUCAAAGAUGACAUCGUCGGUAUCCUCUGUAGCGUCCUACAAGACACCAGUCCAGAGCUACGUCAGACUGGUGUACGAGGGUUUGGAGUACUUGUGACGCUGGAAGCACUGCUGGUUGCUCAAGAUCUUGAUUUGGUUGGGGAACAUCUGGUUAAUGGUCUGUUUCAAGAUGCUGAUCCAGCUGUCAGAGUUCAGUGUUCAUACUCACUAGCAAGCAUGUGCUCCAAACAUCCUGAUAUAGUCAAAACAAAGCUAAUACCAAGAUUAUCAACAACACUGAGAACAGGAGCUGUUCCCAUGGAAACAGGAGAUACUGCAUCAAAAGAUUCAGUUAUAAAUAUGCUAGCUACCAUAGCAACACAUUCUGAUGUUAUACAGGCUCUUGUCACCCAAUUACUAGACUAUAUUUUCAGUAUCAGUAAAGACUUUAGCAGUGAAGAAAUUGUAGGUGUUUCUCUUCAGUGUGUUCUCGAUAUAGUGUUGAAAACAAGCACCAGGCAGAAUGAUGUUGAGUUUUAUGUAAAGAGUGUGUUACCACAGUUGGUGAAGAUGAUGGUGAACAGUUCCUUAUCAGUUACUGGACAAACGAGGGAGCUGUUCACUCAAGAAAAUAUCAUUAGGAAAUGUGCUUCCAUCAUUAGAAAUAUAUCACAGAAUUUGGAUGUGAGGCUUGGAGAAGAGCUAAGUGAAGGAAUUAUCCAUGGUUUUCUUGAGAAUGAUUUUACACAUUUUGGCUUCAGCACCCAUGAAUUUAAGCCCUUUUCUGUUGAAUCUCCGUGGCAACAAACUCAGCUAGUGGUGCUUCUCCUAGCAACAGUCUGUUCCGUCCAUCAAGAUGUUAAUCUUCUCAAUUGUCCAGUAUUGGCAGAGAGAUUAUUUAUCGUAGCAACACAGAGUGACCAUGGUCACACACAAACAUCGGCAGCUCAGUGCUUAGCAGGGUUGAUCAACAAAUGGCAAUCAGACGAGGAAUUGUUAAGAUUAUUAGAAAAUUACAAAUCAAGAUUGGAAGAGAUAGUAAAUGAUAGCAAUCAGUGUACAGAGGACAAAAAAUGUGCAGCAAUGAGGACAUGGAAUUGGAUCACAAAAGCAUUGGUUUUAAGAGGUCACACUAUGGCAUCGCAAUUUAUAUCAACAAUGAUCAGCCAUCUUGGAAGAAUCAACUUGGGUCAAGUUGCUGCUGAUGGUUUUAAGUGUGUGGUGACCGAAGUUCAAGAGGUCAUGACCUUAGCAUCACAUGCUAACAUUAGAAUUAUGUAUCGUCAGCGAUUUUUCUUGGAGACGAUUUCAAGAAUUUCCUCUGGAUUUCAAUCAACACAAAAAGAAUGUACGAAGUUUUAUUUACAAGCAAUGUCGCACCUUCUGCGUAGUGUUACCAAAGCUGUUCUACUCAAUGAACUUCCUCCACUGAUGCCAAUGAUUGUGCAUUCCUUAUUAUGUGAGGAUCUGACCCUUAACCUGUCCACAUUAGAAGUAUUAUCAACUCUCAUAAAGGAUGCACCACAGAUCGUUUCAAAAGAUGUCGAUGCUCUUCUACCGCAAAUGAUGAAGUUGGCCGGACGUGAACAAUCGAUGGUUGCACGUAUUGCAGCUUUGAAGUGCUUAGGUGACAUCACUACCUUACCACACCAUAUAGUAUUUCCGUAUAAGGAGAAACUGAUACGGUUCCUUGGAAAACGUUUAGAUGACAAGAAGAGGAUUGUGCGCAAAGAAGUUGUAAAAGCAAGGAAUAAAUGGUUUCUUUUAGGAGAAUUGAAAUCAUGAGCAGACGACAAAACUUUGAUUUGCAGAC